UGUGCGAAUGCGUUGGGCUUUAAUUAAAUAAGAGUUGGUGAGCUGGGAUAGGCUGGGAGUUCUCUCGGUCCAGACUGCAGGGAAUCCGACGUGGACCAUAAACCCGCAGAAACGGAGAGACAAACAAGCGAAUGAGCAGAAGUCGAUGCGGAAAACUUGAUCCGAUCUUCUGCCGUGGGGCCGAACGCUACAUUGUAUCUAAAAGUCUGAGAUUAUUGCAACAUGCCACGGCGGACUGUACAAGAAGUAACUGUUCAAGACGUGCAGAAGAGAAGAAACCCCAACAAACACUAUGUUUACAUUAUCAAAGUGGCUUGGUCUGAUGGCAGCACUGAGAUCAUUUUCAGGCGCUACAGUAAAUUUUUCGACCUUCAGAUGGAGCUGCUGGAUAAAUUCCCUGUGGAAGGUGGACAGAAGGAUCCGAAACGCAGAAUCAUUCCCUUUUUACCAGGAAAGAUUCUCUUCAGAAGAAGCCACAUCAGAGACGUGGCCAUGAAACGCCUGAAACCCAUAAAUGAGUACUGUAGGGCCCUGAUCCAGCUGCCAGUGUAUAUUUCCCAAUGCGAGGAGGUUCGUGUGUUCUUUGAAACGCGUCCUGAAGACCUGAACCCACCCAAAGAGGAACCCAGUGGAAAAAAGAAAUCGGGAGGAGACUCGUCCUCAGCGGACCCGCUGCUGCUGGAGCAGUACGUGGCUGUCACCGACUACGAGAAGCAGGAGAGCUCUGAGAUCAGUCUGUACGUGGGGCAGGUGGUGGAGGUCAUCGAGAAGAACGAGUCUGGUUGGUGGUUUGUUAGCACUGAGGAUGCUCAAGGUUGGGUACCAGCCACAUGUCUGGAGGCUCAGGAUGACCCUGAUGAUUUCUCAAUACCAGCAGAAGAAGAGGAAAAGUACACUGUUGUCUAUCCAUACUCUGCACGUGAUCAAGAUGAGAUUGAUUUGGAAAGAGGCAUGACUGUUGAGGUCAUUCAGAAAAACUUGGAAGGCUGGUGGAAGAUCAGAUACCAAGGAAAAGAGGGCUGGGCCCCGGCGUCCUAUCUGAAGAAGAUGGCUGCUGGCGCUCCAGUUCAUGCCAGCACUAAUGACCUAGAAGUGGCUUGCAAACAGCAGAAUGCCAACAAAGAAAACAAGGAGAAUCAGCGCGACCGAUUUUUGCCAUUUUCAGAAAGCAAGCGCAAAGCAGGAGCACGACAGAGACCUCCACCACGCCGAGAUCUUUCUAUACCGCGAGGAGUGAAUUUGCCUAAACCUCCAGUGCCCCCACAAGUAGAGGAGGAGUAUUACACCAUAGCUGACUUUCAGACAACCAUCCCAGAUGGUAUUAGCUUCCAGGCAGGAAUGAAAGUUGAAGUCAUUGAGAAGAACUCUAGUGGCUGGUGGUACAUUCAGAUCGAAGAUAAAGAAGGCUGGGCUCCAGUCACAUUCAUUGACAAAUACAAGAAGACAAGCAAUGCCUCUAGGCCUAACUUUUUGGCCCCGCUUCCUGGUGAGAUGGGUCAGCUGACGCUUGAUGAUACCUCAAGCAAUAAUACCAACUCUGAGCAAAGUUGGUCCAAACCCCUGCCAGAUGAACCUUCAUCCAAUUCUGAUUUUUCCACCCGUUCCAAGCUGAGAGAUUGGAAGCCCAAUGCAGUUAAAGGGAGCUCUCCUUUUUCAGUUCCCUUACCUCCUCCUCCUCCAUCCUCACCCACGGCUGAAGAGAAGCCAGCUUUACCACCAAGGAGAGAAUCCAUCAACAAGAGCCUGGAACUGGAGGACAAACCCAAAGCAGACCUUCCUAAACCUCUCCCACCCAAACCACCAACCCCAGGAGUCAUCAUCCCAUUGGUGAUUCCAAAAGCUGCUCCUCUCAAGCCAGACAAACCCCCAGAGAUGAAGAAGGAGGAGAAGAACAAGCAACUCUACCUGCGCAAUGAGAUGGGCUUGUGUGGCCACAACAUCUCAGCCAAGGAGGUGAAAAAGUUCAACCUAAAGCAUGUAGCCAAGCAGCCUCCCAAACCCAAAGCAGAUUCUAAUGAAGACAAGCCGGAUUUGGCCAACCCAGCCCCGUUCCUCAAGCCAAAACCAGUGGUCAGACCAAAGCCCCCCCCUGCGGGCAAACCAGAGCCAGUGGCCAAGAAUGAGCUGGACAUCACAAACCUUCGGAGUAAGCUUCGUCCAUCUAAACCUCCAGAGCAGAGCAGCAACUCGAGUGAUCCCAACCAGCAGAGUGAUACUCCCUCGAAUAAUGGCAGAACAAACGAAGAGUCGAAAUCCCCCAAUAAACAACAAAACGGCCAUGACCCAUCAGAACCAACUAAACCACCAACAACUACACCAAAAGAGGCUCCCCAAAGGCCUUCUGUGGCACCUAGAAGACCUCCUCCACCAAAGAAGAGCCCUGAGCCAGCCAGUCCAACAGACACCAAAGCUCCCCAAAAAGACUUGCCAGAGGCCAAACCAUCCGCCCCUCCUCAGAGCAGACCCCCGCCACCCAAAACGAAACCAAAAGACAAGGAGAAGGAGGAACCCAAGGCCAAAGUACCUGUGCCACCAAAGCCCCACAUUAAGACUGAAAAACCAGGGCCUCCGAGAGACAAACUCCCACCUCUUAUCAAGUAUCCGGCCAAGGAGGAGCUGUUCUUAGCUGUGGCGGACUUUGAAGGAGACGAGCAGACGCCUGCCUUUAAAGAGGGCGCUGUUUUCGAAGUUCUGGAGAGAAAUGGUAACGGCUGGUGGUUUUGCAAAAAUGUGAGCGAUGGGCCAGUGAUAGAGGGCUGGUUCCCUUCCAAUUACCUGACCAAGAAACCUUAGGUACUCUUGACACAGCUGCCUAAAGAAAACGUAUUUAAUUAACAUCUUUUAUUUAUGGGAACCUUUUUUAAAAAUGACAUUCCAUUCUUUGCAAGUUCAAACAUCCGUAAAAAUUUGUUUGCUUGGUUUUUUGUAACUCUUUUCCCUUUUGGGGGAAACCAUGUGUGCUUUCAUAUUUUAGCGCUGAACAUCAAGGUCCUUGCCUAAUCUUAUGUUAAUCAAACCUUAUAUGUAUCGCUAAAGGUUUAAGUGACUAGCAAUAUAUAACUGACUUUUCGCAGCCUCCAUGAUAUUGUGCCUCAGUAUAAUAUGCAAAGUGCACUGUGCUUUUGGCGUAAAUUAUGCAAAACAUGAUGUCUGUCAGCAGAUUAGAAACAGAGUUUGAUUCUAUAUUACAUUGAAGCUUUUACAGAAAUUGGUCUGCUUUCUGGUUCUGACACUACAAAACUGUACAAAUCAUGUUGCUUAUCUACUUUCUUGAGUAAAGGGAAGGUGCAGAAUGAGGAGAAACAAGAAACAUAAACACAUGGCCUUAAGGUUUACAAAACAGUGGCACCCAUUUGUCGUUUCAUUUUUGAUUUUUGCCACAUGGUUCUAGCAAAUAUUGAUUUAAAAAAAAAAAAGCAACCCCCUUUAGCAGUACCAAUCAUAUACAUUAGUGAAUAACAGAAUACCUCAGAAUAGCCAUAAUAUCGUCAUUAUUUUAUAUGUCAGUAUUGCCCAGUAUUUUCAUAUCACUGACAAAGGUGCUUAGAUAUUUUACAGUCAUUUUCAAAUGUUUUAACAUUUAUGCUUGACUGGUUUCAAGCAAACGUGUGAUAAACGUGUUUAUUUUUAACACUACAUUUGAAAAUGUGGUUAUGUUACUAAAAUAUUUCUUGUCUUUUUUGACAGUUUUGUUUUCCAUUCAUUUAUCAGAAAACAGUGUUAAACAGGUGCCCAGUCUGACCUGACAAUACCAGGAGCACUGAAAAUAUGCUCAUUUUGCUCUAUGGUCAUCAGCUCCUAGUUGCUAUAAAAUGCAUUCAUAAAAGCACCCCAUCUAUUAAAAAAUGUGCAACAAAUGCAAGUGCCUGAGUUUGGAAAGGAUAAUGGAAGGUGUUCUGAAGUUUUUGCAAGAAAAUAAGAUGAUGAAGGAUCAUAGAGAGAAGAGGGUAAAUGCUGCAAGUAUGAAACUUGAGUUUCAUAGAAACAUAAACUUUAUGUUGAAACUCAAGCCAGUUAAAAACGAACAAAGGCAAGAUGACAUCGGCAACCUGUUUGUAUUUUUUUAAACGCAUUUCUGUGAUGUUUUGUCCAUAGUAUUUCAAGUGUUGACAACGUUUUCUUAAUGUAAA